AUGACCGUCCGCAUCGUGUCAUAUAAUAUUUUAGUACCCAUUUAUGCUAAUCAACCAGAUCAUUAUCUUAAAUGUCGGCCUGAAUUUCUUCAAAUUGAUCAUCGAUGGAAUUUGAUUCAAUCUCAUUUAGAACAAGAAAUUGUUCAUCAUGAAAAUACGAUCAUCUGUUUACAAGAAUUAUCUCUUACUCUCUUACCUAAAAUUGAACUAUUUUUUCGUCGAUUGAAUUACACUUUCUUUCAUAAUCUUUAUGGUAAACGAUAUAAUGAUUAUAUGGGUGUAGGCAUGGCAAUUCCACUUUCCAUGCAGCUCAAUUCAAUUUCUUUUAUCAAAAUUGGAGAUCAUAUACGCUCAAUCAGUAAACCUCGUGAAGAAAAAGCGAAUAUGUUUACGUGGGGAUGGAAUCUGUACCAAUUUGCCAUGAGUAAAUUUAUAGAACUUGCAUCUGAUCCAUGGGAAACUGCCAUGGCUAAGGCUAAUACUCUCAUUUGUAUAGAAGUCGUUAUCGAUAAUAAACCAAUACAUAUUGGUACGUAUCAUAUGCCUUGUCUUUACAAAAAACCCGAUGUUAUGGCAAUCCAUUGUUCGGUUUUAAAGGAUUUGAUGUUUCAAUUAGCUGCUGGACAAGAUUUUAUUCUAGCAGGUGACUUCAAUAUUAAACCAUUGGAUAUCUGUUAUCAAGUUUUAACAGAGAAAGAUUAUAAUGGCUGCAAUUUACCAGAAUCCAGUACUUAUGAAAUCUCUUAUCGACCUAAUACUGAACAAGUAUUGAAGAGCGCCUAUCGAGAAAAAAAUGGAGCCGAACCUGUUUACACAGAUUUUUCUGAUACACCAUCAUCACCAAACUUUUGUGCUACACUGGAUUAUAUUUUUUUUAAUGGUCAUCUUACGGUUGAAAAAGUAUUGGAAUUACCGGAUCACCCUUCUAGUGAAUCCUAUCCGGAUGAAACACAUCCUUCGGAUCAUUUGAUGAUUGCAGCAACAUUUCAAUUAUCUGAAGAUUUUUUAUUUUUUUGGACACAUUAUUUAUUUCAUACACGUUGGUUAUAUAAACAUAUUCAUAAAAAACAUCAUAUAUUUAAACAACCAACUGGUGUUGUUUUUGUUAUAGCUAAUCCAUGGGAAUCAUUAUUACAAAAUCAACUUGCUGUUUGGAUUGUACCAAUAUUUUUCAAAGAAAAACAUUUAUUUACAAUAUGUUUAUGGGUAUUUAUUCGUGUUUAUCAAACAAUAAAUGCACAUAGUGGUUAUGAUUUACCAUAUAUAAGUGCUCAAUAUUAUUUUCCAUGGUUAAUGUCUGGAACAUUACAACAUGAUUAUCAUCAUCAACAUGCUAAAAUGAAUUAUGGAAGUUUUCUAACAUUAUGGGAUAGAUUUAUGAACACACAUCAAUUACAGAAAGAUGAUUAA